AUGAACGACAGCAUCCUAGCAGCAUUCAGGUGUGCCGUGAAUUUCAUAUAUAAGACGCCUAAGCGUGGCCUCAUAACCGACACCUUCAUGGGUGUGAAGAAGGCAAGGAGAGGGGGCAAGAGAGACAAGUCUCCUUCACCGCCAGUAGCAGAACCUGAGCCCCCACAACUGAGUGAAAGAGAAAAAGAUCUACAAGAACUGAAGAAGUUUGAUCUGGACUGCAAAUUCGGACCAUGCACAGGGAUCAGUCGACUGCAGAGAUGGGAGAGGGCAGCACUGCAUGGGCUGAAUCCCCCGCAGGAGAUUAAAGACAUUUUACUGAAGGAGAGCACUGACCCAGAGUACACACAGAGUCUCUGGUGUGACUAUCCCCUCUGAAAAACUGAUGGAGAAAAGACAGAAAGAUGAGAAAUGAAGAAAUACUUUUGUAGUGUUUG